GUGAGCGGGGGCGAGAAAGCCCGCCUCGGCCCCCUGACGCAGCGCAGGCCCCGCCCCGCGCGUGACGCCGACGUCAGGCCAGCCCCGGCAUGCUCCGCGGCCGCCCGCGGUCCAGCGCCGACAACAGGAAUUUUCCCCGAGAGUGGCCCCGGCUCAGUUCAGCUGCUGUCCAGACCCGGAUCGGCGACAGUGCCGCUUCCAGACGUUCUCCUGCCGCUCGCCCGCCCGUCCGAGCGCCCCCAGCCCUCCUGCGAGGGCGCCCCGGGACGGAAGGAUCCACCAGUCUGUCGGCGCCCGCCGUUCUCGUGGUCGCCGUCGCCGUCGUCGUGGUGGUAGUCUCCGCCGUCGCCUGGGCCAUGGCCAAUUACAUCCACGUCCCUCCCGGCUCCCCGGAGGUGCCCAAGCUGAACGUCACUGUUCAGGAUCAGGAGGAGCAGCGCUGCCGGGAGGGGGCCCUGAGCCUCCUGCAACACCUGCGGCCUCACUGGGACCCCCAGGAGGUGACCCUGCAGCUCUUCACAGAUGGAAUCACAAAUAAACUUAUUGGCUGUUACGUGGGAAAUACCAUGGAGGAUGUAGUCCUGGUGAGAAUUUAUGGCAAUAAGACUGAGUUAUUAGUUGAUCGAGAUGAGGAAGUAAAGAGUUUUCGAGUGUUACAGGCUCAUGGGUGUGCACCACAACUCUACUGUACCUUCAAUAAUGGACUAUGCUAUGAGUUUAUACAAGGAGAAGCAUUGGAUCCAAAGCAUGUCUGCAACCCAGCCAUUUUCAGGCUAAUAGCUCGUCAGCUUGCUAAAAUCCAUGCUAUCCAUGCACACAAUGGCUGGAUCCCCAAAUCUAAUCUGUGGCUAAAGAUGGGAAAGUAUUUCUCUCUCAUUCCCACAGGAUUUGCAGAUGAAGACAUUAAUAAAAGGUUCCUAAGUGAUAUCCCAAGCUCUCAGAUUCUUCAGGAAGAGAUGACUUGGAUGAAGGAGAUUCUUUCCAACCUGGGCUCACCUGUUGUGCUUUGCCAUAAUGACCUAUUGUGUAAGAAUAUAAUCUACAAUGAGAAACAAGGUGAUGUACAGUUCAUUGAUUAUGAAUAUUCUGGAUACAACUACCUGGCAUAUGAUAUUGGAAAUCAUUUCAAUGAAUUUGCAGGUGUAAGUGAUGUAGACUAUAGUCUGUAUCCAGAUAGAGAACUCCAGAGCCAGUGGCUGCGUUCUUACCUUGAAGCCUACAAAGAAUUUAAGGACUUUGGGACUGAAGUUACUGAAAAGGAGGUAGAAAUACUCUUCAUUCAAGUCAAUCAGUUUGCUUUGGCUUCCCAUUUCUUUUGGGGAUUGUGGGCUUUAAUUCAAGCCAAAUACUCCACUAUUGAGUUUGAUUUCCUUGGGUAUGCAAUUGUUCGUUUUAACCAGUACUUUAAAAUGAAGCCUGAGGUUACUGCAUUAAAAGUGCCUGAGUAAAGAAGAGAUUUCAUUAUUCUCCAGUAGCUGAGCAACGAUUAUGAAUCUUUUCUUAAGAAAUCCCAAAAAGCCAAUAUUAGUUAAAUUCUGUUACUUAAUUUGGUUAUCUUGCUUUAUAAAUUAUGCCUCUAAACAAUCAAUCUAUUUUUUAAAUAGACUGAAUGAUGUCAAGAAAUAUACCUACUGCUGUCAGUAUGUGGUGGAUUAGAAAUGUGUUAAAUCUGCAAAAGGUAUAAAGAUGACAGUUUAAACAUUUCUUUGAUAAUUUAACCUAUGUCGUAUGUGAAUUAUUUAUUAUAAACUUAACACGAUUCUGUGACUUUAUAUCUGUUUCAUGUUUGUUAAGUGUAAGCAAUGAAAAUGUCCCAGAUAAUGUUUUUUAAGUUUUACUUUAAUAAGAUUAAUUUCAGUAAACAUUCUAGUUGUUCAUUGUAACCUUUUUAUCUUGAUGCAUUGUAAGUAAAAUGAAUCAUUUACUUUUUAAAUGCCAGUCAUUGACUGAUGUAGAUAAUUUAGAAUUUUCAUAUAAAAAUAUCUGUUUAGGCGAAAUACAUUCACUGUCUCCGUUGGUGGUACAUCUCGUUGAAUUGAGUAUUAGAAAGUAUUUCUUUUUGUGGGGAAUAUAAUUUAGGAUUAAAUCCCCAUUUCUCUAUGUAGUAUGGCAGUAUAAAUAGGAAUAUUUACCAUAUAAUCUUGGAAUAAGUAUGAAUUAAUGUUACCAAAAUCUGUAUUAAAUAAUGUUUCAAAUGCUAAAUAUGGUCAAGUUACUAUUUUCAGUUUAAAAAAUUUUACAGUAUCAAAUUGUUUCUAACCGAAACUUUUCUUUUACUUAUAGAGAUGCUCUAUGUUUUUGAUUAUUAAAGAGUCACUAGUAUUGCUAAUUUUUGAAACAAAUAUACAAAAUUUGUCAUAUGUGGAAAUAAGAAAAUAUUAUUUAGGUUAAUUGUUAACUAUCCAGAGUCAUUCCUUACAGUUUUGUUUCGUGUUUUAGUUUGGUUCUGUGUUUUUAGAGUGAUAGCAAAUGAUUACUUGAUACAUUUAAGUUCAGAGUUAUAUGUUGAGGCAGUUAAGUAAUUAGAUAAGGAACAUUUAGGGCAUUGAUCUUGUACACUUAAAAUCUGACAAAUGACAAAAUGUGAAUUAAGCAGAAAUAGUAUGGCAGGAGGGCUUUUGUUUUAUUUCUCUUGUUUUUGUUUAACUGUAUUUUUUAUUUUGUUUAAUGGUAAGAGGGAGGUAAUUAUUGUAUGGGAAGAAGUUAGAUCUUUCAGAUAGAUAGGCAGGCUUCAGGGUUUGAAGUGUGCUGUGUGUGGUUGAGCAGUCAUGGUUAACUUUACUUAGAAAAUUAGCCUGACAAGCUUUGCACUUCGGUCACAUAAGUGCCCAUGUACAAAGUUGGCUUACUGGAUCUGCAUAUUCAAAAUAUGCAACUACAAAUUUAUCCUCUGAGAAAUUUUCUGGGGAGUCUGAUGUAUUCCAAAUAACUUAUAUUCUCAGACAAAUGCUUUAAAAUACUUGGAUUAUCUCAAGAUUUUUAAAGCUAAUUAAGUAAAUAGAAACACAGGCCAUUUUAAAUGGUAAAUUCUAGUUACAUAAAUAGAAUCUUAAAAUAUAUUUGUAUCUAUUACAGUGUUAGACCAGAUUUGGUUUCUACCUCCCCAAUGUUAUAAAUGUUCACUUUUGUUUUUCUAAACCAUAUUACUGUAAGAUCAAUAGAAUUUUGCCUAGUUGAUUAAAUGAAUGGAACCAAUUAAGCAACUAGUAGCUUUUUUUAAUGUUAAUGUGAACUUGAAAAAUUGUUUUUGGUGGUUGGAACAUUUUCAUAAAACAGAUAAAGAAUGUGUAAUAGUCUUGUUUUUUUUUUUUUUUUGCUUUCUGCCUUCUAAAGUGCAACAGUAUAUAUCCUGUAGAACUGUGGGAGGAGAGAAGAUAAUUUUUCUACCUUACUGCAUAUUCUCACUUCCAACUGUUUUGAAUAGAGAUUCACUGAGCCAUUGCUGAUAGACUGUGCAUAGCUGCUAGCUGUCACACUAUUGUAAGUUUUUUAGAGAGAUUCAUAGGGAAGUGAAUGUAACCAGGAAUAAAGGCUCUCACUUUAGUCCUGGGAAUAUGGAGUGGAUCUUCGGAACAAAAUAAGAUAUUUAAUCUGUUUUCCCCACUCUGACUAGAUUUUGGGUGUUGUGAUGCUCUUACUUCCCGGGUAGGUUUUUGGGAUCAUGGCGUGGGCUAGCAAUAGGGUUCAGAAUUGUUUUCCUUUUAUAUCGACUAUUUAAGGGAUUCUAAAAGUGGGUAAAUCUCAAAGUGCUCUAAAAUCAUCCCUCUGAAAUUUGUCCUGUGGCGUGCUGAGAUGUCUGUUGCCUUUUUAUGUUAAAAUAAGGAACUUGAAUGCCUUACCUAAUAACUCAACUAGUAGUGAGCUCAUUUUGUAAAUAUGAAAAUGGCUGUUAGAAGUGGCAUUCAUGUAUAUUCAGUGUUAGUCAAUAGACCAUAGUGGCCUGGAUGCUUUAACAAGCAAAAUUCCCUAAUUUUUUUCCUUUCUUCCCCUUCAAACUUGUAUGAUCUCACCUGACCAGUGAUGAUUUCUUUCUCUCCUAACCCCAUGCUACCAACCAUUUUCUGGAAAUCGAGCAGGCGUGGUAGUAAAUCAUACAGUUCACAUGAUCAUCUGAGAUCAAUAUGAGCACAAAACUCAUCAAGUAGGUCUGCCUGGAAUGUAUAUAAAAUAAUGUAAAUAAAAAUUUGUAAAUUAGUGUGAAUUGUAUCUUGCAUAUGAGAUUGUGUAUUGUUUUGCAUUCUCUUCCCUGUUGUAGAAAUUUUUCUGUAAGGAAAUGAUUCAGCUUGUUGGUUUUAGACUAAAAAUAACCAACAGUUGUGGCUGCACAGUGAGAUCACAGGAACUGGAAAUAGGGUUUGUUGGCUUUGGUUAAUGUCAGUACUUAUUUAUUUAGCCUCUUAGUGCCUAAUAAGACUUUUCUUUAUUUUUUAGUUAGCUGUUAGGUUUUGUGAGGUUAGAUUCCUGGAAGCAGUGAAUUUAUACACGGUUACAUUAAUAGAGCUCCAUUCUUUGAGUCAUGAUUCCAAGCUAAAAGAAGUUAAAAAUAUAAUUUAGUAAUUUCCUAUUUUUAGGGUUGUUAAUCUUUUUCUACAAAAGAAAACCUUGAAAUUUUAUAUGUCCCAGUGUGAAUCUAAGUUCCAUAUAUACAGAAAUAAGACAAAUAGUAAGUCUUUAGUUCAACUUAAGCAUAUCUCAAAUGACUUUUCUAAUUUUAAAGUUGAUCAUGAUAAGAUCAUAAAAGACAUAAGUAAUCUUCUAAUGAUAACUAUUUCCAUUUUUGCUGAACUAAAAAUAUUUAACGUCAUAAAUAUAUGUUACUACAGCUUCCAGAUUUAAAGAAAAAGGUUUCCCCCAGACACUCUCAAUUAAAAGUUAGAACCCUCCAUUUUAAAAAUUAUACAGAAAUUUCUUUUUUACAUUACACAGAAGCCUUCUAUACCAUUUUACGAAUUCCUGUCUUCAUAAUAUAAAUAAAAAUACUGUCAUUUCAAUUUUUAGCUUUAAAUUUCUUUUAAUAAGCAUUCCAAAGUGAUACAGAUGUAUGCUUUUAAUCAAUCAGUCAUUCCAUUGAUAGACAAAGUUAGCAAUGCUUUGCACUAGGAAAGUUAUUAUUGACAGCAACUUGUGCUAUUUUAUGCAGAAGACAAACGCCAAUAAUUAUGCACAGAGGAAAAAUAAUUUUAUAUGUGUGAUAAAGCAGCCUCAUUUUUCAAAAGAGAUUUACUCUGGUUUUUCUUUAGUCCGUUAGAUUUCAGAAUGUCCUUUUACUGGGAAUUUAAUUACAUAUUAAGAUGACCUAUUUUUAAUUCUUUUUGAAAAGAAAACAUUAUUGGUUAUAUUGAACCACCUUAUUUAAAAAUUUUUAACUUUUAUAUACCACUUGUGUGAUUCCAGUGUCAUGUCUUGGGUUUGAUGUCAUUGGACAGAAAAGUAUAUCAAUUAUUUUUAAUGAAUUUCUUCCCAUGUUUGAGGCUCAGUCUGUAAAUGAGUUGCUGUAACAGGAAAUUCUUGGGUAUACCUUACUUGAAUACUUGGAAACUGAAAUUAAUAAGAUGUCUUACAUAAUGAAUCAGAUUUUUCUGAACAGUUUUUACACUGAAAAUCUUCAUUUCUGGAUUACAAUUUGAAAUAGAAUGAAGACCUGAAUUAUUUGGAUAGAAAAAAAUUGAUAGUGCUUAUCAGAACUGUAAACUCUUGUUUGAUGCAUCAAACUUGGAGUUCUUUUGUAGAUUUCUCUCCUGCAAUUUUCUUUUUCUUCUUUUCUGUACUUUAUGCACUUACUAUACUACUGAUGUUAUAAAAGAGCAGGGUUAAAAAUACUGUAUCGGUAUUCAUGGUAAAUCCUGUAGCUUUUCUAGUUAUCAAAAAAUUGCUUUCUAAAAUAUUUUGAAUCCCUUUUUUUUGGUUAACAUCUUACCCAUUAAUAGUAUUUUGAAUGUCAUUAUCCAUUUUAGUACAACACCUAUAUUUAUAAAAAUUUGAAAACAUUACAUAUUGUAUUUGGAACUAAUUAGUGAAGAAUAAGAAAAAUAUGACCAACAGAAUUGUGAGUGUUGAAUUAGUUAAAUUUCAAAACUCAUAAUAAAGGAACUUUCAGAUACGUUGGAACCAGUGGUAUCCCUGUAAACUAGCUCCUGUGACUAGAAAAGACCCCAAAAAGGCAGUGGAGGAGAUUAGAGUGUUUACUUGCUGUGGUUGUUGGUGUGCUGCUACUUAAUUAUAAGUAGUCACACACUGAAAUUCUUACUAUCCAGUAAUCUCAAGUAGUUUCCUGUAUUUAUCUGUACUAAAUUGACUAUAAAGUGAGUCUGCAAAGAGGAUACUUUUUGACUGUACUGUAUUUAGGAGGCUUUGUACAGCUAGUCAAAUCUCCAUGAUACGAAGUAUUUGAGUUUGAAAAUAUACUGUUACUAAAAGGAAGAAGACAUAGCCAUUAUUCCAUGUGCUUAAAUGAUAAUUUUCUUAUUCAGUUUCAGAAGAAAAGGAAUGAAAUUGAGUAACUGUCAAUGCGUUAGCUGUAUGUUGAAUUGGGAAAUUGUGGCAUAAAGCUUAAAUUCGUGUUUAUCAAAUGUGAACCAUAGUAGUAUAAUGCUGCUUUGUAUAUAAUGUAAGUGCUACGAAUAGUCUCAGCACUGAAAAUGUAUUGAUACCUCUUAAAUGAAUGCAACUUUUGAUGUAGGUGUUUUGAUAUGCCUCAGAAAAUAUCUGAGUGUCUGAGAAUUUGUUAAUCUGUUUCGUAAUGAAGAUACUUCCUGGUUUUUUUGUUUCAUAAUUUCAUGUUUAAAAUUUAAGUUUUACAUUUUUACUACUGUUAAUUUAAGUUAAAAUUUGUUCUGUGGAUAAAAUGGGGUUGGCAGUGAGGAAAAUUAAGAACAGCCCCAUUCAUGUAACUGCUUAAGUAAAAAUACAUUUUCACUGUGUGUUCAUAAACUUUUAAUAAAGCUAUUUGUCUUUCUGUUUAAAUAUAAGUGAUGUUUAGGCUUUGUUUCUGUUAAUAAGGCUUUUUACCAUUGAUUAAAUGAAGGAAUGUAUCUUUUUGAAGAGAUUUAUAUUCUGUAAAUAAAAAUUGGUUGUAACAAUAAAUUGAGUUCUAACUACA